AAUCGUUUCAUUACAAGACAUCACUAAGAGUGAUUCUGUUAAAAUUUUUUUUAUUAUUUUUUGCUUUUUAUAGUAGUAAGUAUAAACAAAGCAUUUACCUAGUAAAUACUUCUUGUAGAAGUGCGCUUGAUAAGCGUGACGUUAUAAUCAUGUUGAAGAGACCGCGUUGCGAGGAUUUCGACGCAUUUGUGCCACAAACCAAAAAGCUCAUUAGCGAAAAAUUCGUGGACCAGAGAGAUCAAAAUAAAAUGGCCAAGAUUCAUGAAAAAACCAUAAACUUGUUAUUCAAGGCGGCGCGCGAAUGCAAAUCCACGCAGCAGACGCAAUCAGCUGCAGCGGAGGCCGUAGAGAUCCCAUUAUGGCAGCAGGUUGUACUGCGUGGAAACGGAGAAAUUACGUCAAGGAAUAUUACAGAUUUAAUAGUUGAUAUUUCCUUAGUGAGCAUGAAAUCAAAAUGCUGCCACCGUGAUGCUUAUGUAUGUAGCGACUGCUGCAACUGUGCACAACCUCUGUGUGAAUUCUGUGGUCACUCGUGUGCAGAAUGUGGCAUAUUCUUGUGCGACAGUUGCGUUUCACUAUUCGGAUGCGGUAACGUUGAACGGCCCAUUUGUGAAAAGUGCACAUUAUUUCAAAAUUUAUAAAAUAUAAACACAUUUCUCAUGAUAUUUAAUUAAGAUGAAUUGAUCGAUCAAUAUUGUUCUCUAUUGCCAGCUUUAAUUUACGUUUUAAAAUGUGUAGUGUGAUUUAAGGUAAUCAAUUUAUUUAUAUUAUUAAAAACUUCUCAGUUUCACGCAUGUAUUUGUAAUUAAAAUGUGGUAAAUUAAUGCAUAACACUCGGUAGAUUUGUAAAGUAUAACAGAAAUUAUUUCUGGUAUUGUUAAAAAUUAUAAGAAUCUCUUUUUACCCAAGCCAGUUAUCUCUUGCUGUGCUCUUCACUCAAACCUUGUCUGUUUUUGAGUAAGUUGACUUUUAUCAAAGCGCAUUUAUUUAUUUAUUGUUAAUAGAUUCGCCCUCACUUUUACAUUGUAACUUUUGUUGAUCUUUGCCUUUUAUACUAAAGUUGUCAAUAAAAAAAUACUUGGCCGUUGUCGUUGUUGUAGCAGCAUAAA